AAAGCUCCCGAAAAGCUUGCGAGCUUCGCACACUUGACAAAUCAAUAGGAUAAAGAACUUUAUGCCCAGUCUUACUCAACGCGUACACAACAGGAUAACGGAGCAACCUCAAAGCGGCGAUAAUUUUCAGUUAUUUGGUUAAUUUCAAAAGAAAAACCCUCUUCAAGAGGUUUUCGGAAAGGAAAAACAUUUUAAGGUAAAACAAGCGGUUAAGGAAAAACCACAGCAAAGGAAACUCUGCAAUUAUUGAGCACUUAAUAUCGAUAUAUCUGUAUAUAUCUGUAUUUUUAUGGACGCCCACGUACACACACAUUGCAGUUUCUGAAGCACCAGCAAAAUGCGUGGACUUGUCGAGGAUACGAAAAAGUCCAAGUUGUCGUCGACGAACAACAACAACAUCAGCACCACUAGCAGCAACAGCAGUCGCAUAAAGUCGGUUAGUACUGUACCAGGAUCGAGUGCCAGUGGCAGCAAUUCGAAGCCUUUAAGAAGUUCGGUGAAAACGCCAACGAUGAGCAGCACGACGUCAUUGGCUGCAACAGCGGCGGCGGCCAAGAAGGCGCCUCAAACGGUUGGCAAGUCUGCAAAGUCAUCGACGGCAGCAGCAGCAACAACAACUGGAAUCGGAAGUGGAGCAGCAACAACAAGGGCCCAAGCGGCGGCGGCCAAAAGCCAAAAGGGUCAGAAUCCACCCCCACAACAAGUGCAACCCAAGCAGCAACAGCAACAGCAGCAGCAGCAACAGCCGACACAGCAGCAACCCUUAGUGUUGCAGCAACAACAGGCGAGCAACAGCAGCAACACGAUUGCCCUGCCAAAGGCAUCGCAUGCCAAUACCAGUGAGGAGCUGGCUGGCGGUGUCCAGGACACCAUUUACCUGUGCAACUUUCGGGUAUCCGUCGAUGGCGAGUGGCUGUGCCUGAAGGAGCUGCAGGACAUUGAUGUUGCCGGCGGAACAGGCAGCCAGAACGUGCAGACCAGUGAUAAACUGGCAGGAGGAGGCAAUCCGCAGACCGCUGGCUUUGGAUCCACUUACAAUUCAGGAUCCAAUUCAAGCAAGCGCAACAGCAAGCGCUUCUCCGGACUGUCCACCGGCAGUGGAUCAGGAGGCGGCGGAGGAGGAAGUGGAGGAAACGGCGCCCUGGACAUCACGGACAAUGCCCGGGAUACGGCGGAAAUAGAGCGCAGCAAUCUGGUGAAUAUUUGCAAGUUGGUGGUGAAGGAACUCCUGGAGCAAUCGCUGCGUUAUGGUCGCAUGCUGGACUCAGAUCAUCUGCCGCUGCAGCACUUCUUCAUCGUCAUCGAGCACGUUUUGGGCCAUGGGUUAAGACCCAAGAAGGGUCUUCUGGGGCCUCGCAAGGAGCUGUGGGAUCUGCUGCAGAGCGUCGAGCAUUAUUGCCCGGAGGCGCAGGACAUUACGGCGAGUGUCAGGGAUCUGCCCACCGUACGCACUCAUAUUGGACGGGCUCGAGCCUGGCUGAGGAUUGCCCUGAUGCAGAAGAAGCUAUCGGACUACCUGCAGGCGCUCAUUGAGCACCGGGAUGAUUCACUGUACGACUACUACGAGCCACAUGCCCUGAUGAUGAGCGAUGAGAUCGUUGUGAUAAUGGGCAUUCUGGUGGGCUUAAACGUAAUCGAUUGCAACCUGUGCGUCAAGGAGGAGGAUCUGGAUUCGCAGCAGGGCGUCAUUGACUUUUCGUUGUACCUGCGUUCUAGUUCGCGGAAUGCCGAUGCCGCUCCCGAGGACACGGCUCCACCUGCCCUGCUGGAUGCCACUGGGCAGGGCAACAUGAUUGCGGUGCUGGACCAGAAGAACUACAUUGAGGAGCUCAACAGGCACCUAAACGCCACUGUGGGCAAUCUUCAGGCCAAAGUAGAGUCACUUACGACCACGAAUGCCUUGAUGAAGGAGGACUUGGCCAUUGCACGGAAUAGUUUGUUGGCCCUACAAGCCGAAAACCAAGCCAUGAGGCAGUCCACUCCAGCGGCGGAUAAUAGUUCUACUGGUUCUGGAGGUUCCUCCUCCGAAAAGGAUAAGGAAAAAGCCUCGGAAGAACUAAUUGAAGAGCGUCGCAAGACCAGCGAACUGGAAAAGGAGCUAAAACUACAGGUGUCCCUCAAGGCGGAGUCCGACAUGGCCAUGAAGCUGCUGGAGAAGGACAUUCACGAGAAGCAGGACACGAUAAUCUCGCUGCGUCGCCAACUGGACGACAUCAAGCAGAUCAACCUGGAGAUGUAUCGCAAGCUGCAGGACUGCAAGGCCUCUUUAACGCACAAAACCGAGUUGAUGACCAAGUUGGAGGUCCAGAAGGAGGACAUGGCCAGUACCAUCGAUCAGCUGGAGAAGAAAUGGACCCAUGACAAGAGCAAUCUGGGUGAGAUUCUGAAGACCACGUCACAAACGCUGACCACGCAGGUCACUGCCAGCGAAGAGCGGGCUGCCCGAGCGGAGGCGGAGUCAAGGAUCGAACGCGAGUGGCGAAUCUCCUUGCAGGAGAAGGAGCUAAAGCUGAAGGAGAAAAUAUCCAACCUGCAGGACUGCCUCAAGGAGCUGGCCGAGGAGAAGGAGAGGAACGGCAGGCUCAAGGCGGAUCUGGACAAGGUGCGAACGCAAUGGUCAGAGGCACAAACCACGCUGGAGGAGCUCGGCAUCCAGCUGAGCGUGAGUAAGCUGAAGGUGUCGGAGAUGCAGGAUCAGGAGCGUCGUCAGCGGCAGCUGCUCUCCGGCUCAGCCCAGUCUCUACAGGCCAUGCCGGAGGCUCUUGGGAGUCCCGGGAUCUGGGCACCCGAUUCCAUUGCCACCCACUGCACCGCCUGCGAGCGGGAGUUCAAUAUUACCCGGCGGAAACACCACUGCCGCAGCUGCGGUGAGAUCUUCUGCAAGGCCUGCUCGGAGCACACGCUGCCCCUCCUCAAUGCCCAGGGUCAGCCGGGGAAACCAGUUCGCGUGUGCGACAACUGCUACGCAGCUAAAUGAUAAAUGAUAAGGAAUUGUGUGUGCUAGACAUGCCUGUAUGUUUGACUAGGAAUCUUUAGGGGCGGAGUAUGAACUUUGGACAGUUCUUGAAAUUUGUUACUACCUUUGUGUUGAAAAGUUUUAUUAAAUGGUGAUAAUUGUUCUCCUAUCUUACCUAAAAAAGUAAGAUAAACUAGAUAAAAAUUUAAUUAUUCCUAAUUUUCUUGGAACUGUUCAAUA